AUGUUGGAUGGUUUUUCUCAGGAAGUGAUUGCAGGAGACAGUGGUGAGUCAACCAUCGAGGAGUGUCUGUUGUGUUCGGAGCGGAAAGCGGCGGUGCUCUUCCAGCCCUGCGGUCACAAGUGCGUCUGUGCGCAGUGCGCGCCGCUCAUCAAGAAGUGCGUCAACUGCCGACUGCCCAUUGAGCGCCAGGUACCCUACGCCGUCUGCUGCGCCGCUUCCGCGCCGCCGUCGCCGGCGCCGGUGCCGUUGGCUCCGGAGCACAUGUCGAUGAACAACACCAACUACAAACCCAACAACGUCUCCGUCGCCAAGCACACCAACGCGCCCACCGACGUCACCAAGCUGCAGCAGCAGCUGCACGACAUCAAGGAACAGACGAUGUGCCCGGUGUGCAUGGACCGCAUCAAGAACAUGAUCUUCCUGUGCGGACACGGCACCUGCCAGCUGUGCGGGGACCGCGUUACCGAGUGUCCCAUUUGUCGCAAACUGGUGGAGAAGCGCAUUCUCCUCUAA